CUUCUAGAUAUGUAUAAAGAUCUUAUGGUUUAAGCAAGCAUGUACGAUAUAUAUUUAUAGCGUGUUUGACAUUUUUGAGAUUCGCCGAGGUCCGUUUGACGUUGGGUCCGCUGCUCGGGAGGCGGGAGAAAAACGGACUAAUACAAGCUAACCAGAACAGGCUCUAGUGGUUGCUCGGAACCAUUGCAGCCUAAGGCAAAUAAUAUCCCACAUCCACCUGAGGCAAAACCCUGGAUUGCUUAUCGAUAAAAAUUUCCCCCACCAGAUAAUUUUGGUGAAGCCGACCACGACAUCACAGCCACUAUCCCAGUCGUUGCUUGAGGCCAAGAGUCUCGUGUUGGGCAGUGUGGCUUCCUCCAUACCUUUUAGAUUCAAAGUGCCAGACAAGAUGGCUCCAAUCGCCGUGCAGCAGUCACACCACCAUCGCAGCACUACGAAAUCAGUCCAGAAGGCUUUCAAAUCGCGGCAUGCUUCCAAAGGCGCGUUAAAGGAGCGCUCGAAGGGCAAGGUUGAGGUCUUUGAAAAAGGUGUGCGCCGGACACCUCACCAGCAGAUCAUGUCCAAACUAGACCGCCGGAAUCAAGCAAAGCAGAAACGUCUAGUGAACAACCAAGAGCAUACCAAGGCCAUAAGUGUAUUCUCAGGAAGAGAUGGGGCCCCAAGAGUGGUAGCUCUAGUUCCCCUGGCCGAGGACGUGUCCGCCUCUGCUACAGUCAAGAGCUUGAAUGGUAGCCUGGAUAUCGAAGACGAGGUUCCUGAGUAUGGUAGUCUGCGCACAUCAGUCGACCGAUUCAAGCAAAAUAUACAGUAUAUCAUUCCACAAAGAGAGCUCUUUGCAGUCUUGGACGCCUGCCGGACUGCAGACUUUGUUGUCUUCAUCUUGUCUGCGGAGCAAGAGGUAGACAGCUAUGGUGAGCUUUUGAUCCGUAGUGUGGAAACUCAGGGUGUUUCAAACUGCAUUGCUGUUGCUCAAGGUCUUGGUGCAAUAGAACCUACUAAGAAACGAGCUCAGACCGUCGCCUCCCUCAAGUCUUAUAUCACACAUUUCUUACCUACUAUCGAAAAAGUACACUCGUUAGAAGCAUCACAAGAAUGCCUCAAUGUUGUUCGUUCUUUAUGCACAACAGUACCAAAAGGAAUACGAUGGAGGGAGGACAGGUCAUGGAUAGCCGUGGAGGAUGUACAGUGGCCAUCAGGCAAGGGAGCUCUUACCAGCGAAGAACCGAAAGGAGAAGUGAUAAUUACAGGCGUGGUAAGGGGGAAAGGCCUGAAAGCAGACCGAUUAGUCCAAGUCGGCGACUGGGGCGAUUUCCAAAUUGAUCGUAUUGUCGCUGCGCCUCUGGACACCAAGAAGAAGACGACGACGAAGGACAGCGCCAUGGCGGUAGAUUCUGAAGCCAUAGACAACGUAUUGGAGCGACCGAGCGAGGACCAGGAUGACUUGGAUGAACUUGCACCGGAAGAGGUCGUGAUGGAAGAUGUUCUAGCAGAGAACUUUGCGAUGUCGACGAUGUCCUCGGUACGAAAGGGAGUAUUGCUCGACGAUCAUCAUUACUUCGACGAAGACGAGGGUCAAGCACCAGUGAAAGCCAAACGGUUACCAAGAGGAACUUCAAAGUACCAAUCGGCGUGGUUCCUAGACAACAUAUCGGAUUCUGGUUCGGACAUGGAAGAUGUCGACGAAGACAUGCCUGACGAUGCUGUCACAGUAGCGGGCGCUCCAGACCCAGCUGACGGCAUAGAUCCUAUGGACUUUGAUGGAACUAUGCGUGACCCGACCGAGGCUGGACCUUCAGAAUACCCAGCUUCAGAGAUGUUCUUGGAUCCAGCUCCUGAGGACGAAAAAGACCAGCUCGAUGCAUAUCGCCAGCAACGAAAGAACGAAGAGGGUGAUGAUCUCGAAUUUCCUGACGAAAUCGAGCUCCACCCGAACGUCCUUGCCCGUGAGCGUCUCGCCCGCUACCGUGGUCUUAAGAGUCUCAAGACUAGUACAUGGGAAACCCAAGGAGAUAAACCCCAUGAACCUGCCGAAUGGGCACGCUUACUGGAGGUUCAAGACUACAGAGGUGCCAAGAAUCGUGUACUUCGGGAGACGCUCCUUGGCGGAGUCCAGCCUGGUACUCGUGUAGCUGUUCAUCUGCGUGACGUACCCUUAUCCCUCCAGGCUAAAUAUGACCCGACUCGGCCACUUGGUCUAUUCUCUCUGCUGCGCCACGAACAUAAGCGCACAGCAUGUAAUUACAGUAUCACGCUCAGCCCGGAGCACGACGGUCCCCUGAGGUCCAAGUCCGAACUCAUCGCCCAGUGUGGACCACGCAGAUUCGUCAUCAACCCCCUGUUUUCGCAUGCAGGCAACACGCCAAACGACGUGCACAAAUUCGAGCGGUUCAUCCAUCCAGGUCGAAGUUCUGUCGCAUCGUUCACAGGACCCUUGACGUGGGGUGCGGUCCCAGUAAUAUACUUCACACGCACACCAUCCUCUUCGCUAGAAUCUAUCAUUUCUCCUUUCUCUCUCAUCGCCACCGGGUCAUCUCUCGCGCCCUCGACCUCACGCGUCGUUGCGAAACGCAUCAUCCUCACUGGUCAUCCAUACAAGAUUCAUAAGCGCCUCGUCACAGUGCGCUACAUGUUUUUCAAUGAUCAAGAUAUAGCCUGGUUCAAGGCACUGCAGCUCUGGACGAAACGAGGCCGGAGUGGGUAUAUCAAGGAGAGUUUGGGCACGCAUGGGUACUUCAAAGCCACAUUUGAUGGCAAGAUUAACCCGCUAGAUGCUGUGGCAAUGAGUUUGUACAAGCGUGUGUGGCCGCGCGCUGCGAAGGCGCUGGAGAUGGGUCAGGCUUGAACGUCAUGACUGGUAUGAGCAUCGCAAAAAUGAGUGAUGGUGUUAGGUAUUAUACAGACGCAAAUUCAGCGAACAAUGAUUCACUCCACUUGCAUGACGUUGUUGGAUCUAGCUAUCUACACUGAAGAACUUGCACGCUUGCCUUUAUUUAUUCCCAUAAAAUAUAACGCUGUUUGAAGAAGGUGUCAUCAAUGCCCUACACCAGAAAACCCACAGUUGUC